AUGACACAGUUCACGUUAGUCGUAGCAGCUACAGAAGAGCUAGGGAUUGGGUUGAAAAGCAACUUGCCCUGGCGUAUUCCGAAGGAUAUGGCAUUUUUCAAAAAGGUUACAACGACUGUUCCUAGAUCAGUUCGAGCACCCAAUGUUCAAAAUGCAGUGAUUAUGGGAAGAGUCACUUGGGAGUCUAUUCCACGAAAAUUCAGGCCUUUGGAUAACAGAUUCAAUAUUGUUGUAUCGAGAAAUACAUCCUACAAUUUGCAAUUGGAAGACGACGAACAACAACACGUCAAACUUGUGGACUCUUUAGAAACAGCGUUCAGUUCCAUAGAUUCAUCGAAACAGGCGAGAGUGUUUGUUAUAGGUGGAGCUCAAAUAUACAGAUUAGCAAUGCAACAUGCUGAAUGUUCACAUAUUCUUUUAACAAAGAUCAAAUCUAAGAUUGAUUGCGAUACAUUCUUUCCAGAAAUUAACAACAAUAUAUACCGACUUGCGAGUCAUGAAGAGCUAGAAGAUUAUGUCGAAGAGGCAGUACCAGAGGGAUUACAAAAGUAUAAGGAUUUAGAAUAUGAAUUUACGCUGUAUGUGCGAAAGUAG